UUUUAAAAAGUACUAACUUUAUAUAUGAAUAGUUUUUGAUGGACCAGUGGAUUUCUAAAUUUAAUAUUUUUACUCAUUGGAAAUAUUGAAAGAUACAAAGAAAGUUUUAAUGUUCUAAAGUAAAGUUUAAUCGAAUUAAAUAUUUAAUGAUGAAUUGUUAAUCUAUUUUAAGAUUCACUUAUGUUAUGUAAUUUAGAAAUAAAAUAUAUCGUACAUAUCUGUCAGUACUGGAUAAUACAAUAGAUUUAAACUAUGAAUAGUAAAUAUGAAAAAGAAAAUUCAAUUUUACAACAUAUGAAACAAAUUAAAUAUCCACUUCUUAUUGGUUUAUGUGGUGGAAUAACACUUCAAGGUAUUAAGGGUGGUACAUUAGAUACCCCUGCUACAUUUGGAAGAAUGAUACAUACUGCAUUUCCAAUCUGUGGUAUAGGUUUCUUCUAUUUAACUGGUUCUUUAAUAUCAAAACGUUAUAGAGAAAAAGAUGAUGCAGUCAAUAAUGUAGUAGGAAUAUUGAGUACUAUUCCAUUAGUUCGGAAAUUUAUGCCUCUAGCUUAUACUUUUCCAGUAAUAGCAUUUGUAAUUGCUGGUUCAGUUAUAUGUAAAUGUCAAACCAAUGAUGAAGAAACUCCAGAAGCUUUAGAAUAUCGUAUGGCUUAUUCGCAAGAUGGAAUAGGUUAUAAUUGGUAUGAAUGGUCAAAAAAUAAGCCACCAUCAGAACCUUAUGUUAAGCAUAUACCAAAUAGCUUUUUUAGUGUUCCUUCCAUUUAAUCACCAAUACAUAUAAUAGACUUUAUAAUUAGAAUGUAAUACAUAUUGUUAUCAUUAUUGUACAUUUAUUCAUAUAUAAUUUCAAUAAAUAUAAAAAUCAUAAAAUA